UACUUUUUGAGGCUACCCCAUUUCUUAAAUUGCAUGAUUUCAUGUUUUUCUUUUCUGGGUUUUAGCAUUUAACUGCCAAACAGUGCAGUGUUUAAGUUUAUGGGGUCAUUUUUAGUAAUUUAAAUGUGAAGAUUUUUGCCUUUUUUGUUUGAAUUUUGUUAGCUUGUUGUACUUUUGAAGUUAAUGCUUUAUACAACUCUCUCUCUGUUCUCCUACUCUCUCCCUAAUUCAUUGUAAUUGCGGUAAAUUGGAGUCUUAACUUCUGGAAGUUCAUAAUGUUAUGUUUGUAAUUCGACGUAUAGAGAUAGUUUUGGAUUAAAGGACAGUUCGGGUCAACUCUAUAUGCAAUUUUGAAGUAAUUUCCCCCCUAAUUUAGUACUGAAUGUUGAAGAUUUAAGAUUGGGAUUUAGGAUUGGACCGAGGUUUUCAUUUGCUCAAAGAUAAUUAUUUUGUUGUUGGCAAUCAGUUGAGCUAAGUAACUCAAUUAUUGGAAUGGCUUGGAAGUAGCUUGGUGUAGAAAAAUGACAAAGGCAGGAUUGUGAUUAUGCAUUAAUGGCAUUUUUUUUUUGCAAAUCCUUCACCUUCCUCUUGAGGUCUUUUAAUUAAAACAAAAGAAAAGAGAGGAAAGUGAGGGGGCAGCCGAAAAGCACACUAAGAGAGAGGGUGAGGCUACCGUAAAGCACACAAAACAGAGAGAGAGGCGGCGCUCCAUUGACGGCGUUGGCGGUGAGUUCCAAACUGUUAUCCAGUUGAUGGGUUCCAGCGUUUGGCGGAGAGGACGACUUCAGCGGCGUUCUUCCGGCGUCCUUGUGGCAUGUUCGGCAGCAGUCUUGACCGUGGUUUAGCAGUGGGUUUAACCGUGAGUUUUGAGCCGUUAGAGCUUGAUUAAUCAACUGCCGUCAUGGACAACAAAGAAACGAAGAGAAAUGCGCCACUACUUGAUUCAUCAACUACUGCCCUUUUGGAUCUGGAAAAUAAAGAAAUAAAGAGAAAUUCAUCACUAGUAUGUGUUCCCAUAAUGGCUGAUUCGGCUGAUUUGAUGAUUGCUGAUGCACGUAAGGCGAAAACUAGUGGUGCGGAUCUUGUGGAGAUUCGAUUGGAUAGUUUGAAGAUUUUCAACCAACAAACAGACUUGGGGACUCUUGUAAAAGAAUGUCCGUUGCCUACUUUAUUUACUUACAGACCUAAGUGGGAAGGUGGCCAGUAUGAUGGUGAUGAAAAUGAACGGCUUGAGGUACUUCGAUUAGUCAUGGAGUUGGGAGCUGAUUAUGUUGAUGUGGAACUUCAGGUUGCUCGUGAAUUCAUUGAUUCCAUUCGUGGAAAGAAGCCAGAAAAGUGCAAAGUUAUUGUUUCUUCUCACAAUUAUGAAGAAACUCCAUCUCUAGAUGAUCUUGGUAAGCUUGUCGCAAGAAUUCAAGAAAGUGGAGCUGAUAUUGUGAAGAUUGCAACGACUGCCCGGGAUAUAACUGAUGUAUCCCGAAUUUUUCACAUAAUCGUGCAUUCACAAGUUCCAUUAAUAGGGCUUGUAAUGGGAGAAAGGGGCUUGAUUUCACGGAUACUUUGUGCCAAAUUUGGCGGGUAUCUUACUUUUGCUACCCUCGAGGCCGGAAUUGUUUCAGCUCCUGGGCAACCAACAAUUCAAGACCUUUUAACAUUAUACAAUUUCAGACAGAUAGGGCCUGAUACAAAAGUCUAUGGAAUUAUUGGAAAGCCAGUGGGCCACAGCAAAUCUCCCAUGUUAUUCAAUGAGGCAUUCAAGUCAAUACGUUUCAAUGGGGUUUAUGUGCAUUACUUGGUGGAUGACAUAGUAAACUUUCUCCAAACUUACUCAUCCUUGGACUUCGCUGGAUUCAGCUGUACCAUUCCCCAUAAAGAGGCUGCAGCAAAGUUCUGUGAUGAGGUUGAUCCAGUGGCAAAGUCAAUUGGUGCUGUUAAUUGCAUUGUAAGAAGACAUGAUGGGAAAUUUUGCGGUUAUAACACAGAUUAUGUCGGUGCCAUUUCUGCUAUUGAGGAAAAACUACAAGGUGACUACACUGGCAGCCCUCUAUCUGGCUCACCUUUAUUCGGCAGGCUAUUCGUGGUCAUUGGUGCUGGUGGUGCUGGCAAGGCACUUGCUUAUGGUGCGAAAGAGAAAGGAGCUAAAGUUAUGAUCGCCAAUCGUACAUAUGAACGAGCAAAAGAACUUGCAGAUACCAUUGGAGGUGAUGCAAUCACUCUUGCUGAUUUGAAUAAUUUCCAUCCGGAGGAUAAUAUGAUUCUGGCAAACACAACAUCCAUAGGAAUGCAGCCAAAAGUUGAGGAAACACCAAUUGCUAAGGAUGCUCUACGAUAUUAUUCCCUGGUGUUUGAUGCUGUUUACACCCCAGUGAUGACGAGACUCUUGAAGGAUGCUGAAGCAUCUGGAGCCAAGAUCGUCACUGGUUUGGAGAUGUUUGUUGGACAGGCAUAUGAACAAUACGAGAGGUUCACCGGGAUGCCUGCACCAAAAGAACUCUUCAGGAAGAUAAUGGGAAUUGACUCCAAAUUAUAGGGUGAUGUGUAGUGUUGGCUGAUUUUCUUCAAACUCUUAGUUCAAUAAGGGAGGAUUUGUUUUCUUAAUUGGGCAACAAUACAUACAAAUUAGAUCCUCCCUCUUGAUGGUUCACAUUUAUGGUAAAAGGUAUUGAUGUUGAUUUGCACUUUCCCAAGUUUAUUUUUGUUGUAAUUUUAUGGAAUUAGAUGUAAUAAUUUCUUUUUAAGAAGAAUCUUUGUCUGGAAUAAUGAUUAAAUUUCAAGAAUUGAUCAUCCUUCUUGAACUUUGUAUUAGAAAUAAGUUCUAUGGUUCACUACUAUCAGCUUAACCAUCAAAAUUUGUUGGGUUU